AUGUGGAAAUAUUCAGAAUUUCGCAAGGAGAAUCCGAGCUGCUGCGGAAUUUGUGAUCUUGUUCCAGUAAAAAUGAAGGUUUUACCAGUAGUUCCGGACGAAAGGGCAACAGAGAAUGCACACCUUAGAGAAUUUCUAAGCGAUCGCGCCAAGAACAACAAUGGUAGAAACCAGGAUAAUGCGGAGCCAUCGAAGCCGGCAACAGGGUCACGUCGAAUGAUAAUCAAUAUGAUCUUCGGAGGGGACGAAGUCAAUGCGGUGACAUUUUCCACAGCAAAGAAAAUGAUGAUAUUAGUGACUCAUGGCAAGAGGAUCCGGGAGGUCUCGAAAGAUGACAUCACCUUCAUAAAAGGAGAUGUUGAUGGACUUCUUUUGCCGCACAAUGACGCGCUUGUAAUUUCACUUAAUGUUUUAGAUUUCAAAAUUAAGCGUGUUUUGGUUGAUCUAGGAAGUUUGGCCAAUAUCAUACAAUGA